AUGUCCACACGCUCCUUCCGCGUCGCAGUCCUUCACGGUGAUGGAAUUGGUCCCGAAGUGGUCGACCAGGCAGUUAGGGUUUUACAAAUGGUCUCUGAUGGAUCACCAGACUUCAACCUCCAGCUGGAGCCACAGCUUUUUGGUGGUGCUGCCAUUGAUGCUACCGGGGAACCUCUACCUGCAUCGACACUAAAAGCAUGCCAGCAAGCGGAUGCCAUUCUAAUGGGUUCCAUCGGUGGCCCAAAAUGGGGUGUAGAUGCCAAAGUUCGACCAGAACCAGGCCUUCUUACAUUGCGCAAAACACUCGGACUUUACGCCAACAUACGGCCCGCGAAUUUUGCAUCUGAAGCGUUGCUUGAAUACACUCCACUCAGGCCUGAUGUUGCUCGAGGCGUCGACAUGAUCGUCGUUCGCGAGCUGAUCGGGGGUCUCUACUUCGGUAAACGUAAAGAGGCCAGUGCAGAACCUGACAUUGGGACAGCUUGGGAUACCAUGAUUUACAGCGAAGACGAAAUCAAGCGCAUCACCAGAGUAGCCGCACAGAUUGCUCUUUCUGCCAAUCCACCAUUAGAGAUUCACUCGAUAGACAAGGCCAACGUGUUGGCUUGCUCUAGGCUAUGGAGGAAAACCGUGACCGAGACUUUACAAAAAGAGUAUCCUCAACUCAAAUUUGACCACAACCUGGUGGACUCGGCUGCGAUGGUCAUGGUCGCCAAUCCCAACAAGUUGAACGGCGUCAUCCUAACGGAGAACCUUUUCGGUGAUAUCCUCUCAGAUCAAUCCAGUGUAAUUCCCGGAUCUCUCGGUUUGCUCCCGUCCGCCUCUCUCGCAGGAGCUCCCUCAAAACCUUCCCCUGAUUUCAAGCCUACACUAGGUCUGUAUGAGCCUAUUCACGGUUCUGCGCCAGACAUUGCAGGGAAGGGUAUCGCGAACCCCAUCGGCACCAUUCUCAGCACAGCGAUGCUCCUUCGUUAUUCCCUUGGCCUCGACAAACCGGCCAUGUUGGUGGAAAACGCAGUACGGAAGGUACUGGAUCUCAAGUCAAAUGGUGGAUUUGGACUUAGAACGGCCGAUUUGGGCGGAUCUGCCACCACAGAGGAAGUUGGUGAUAAAAUCAUCCAAGUCUUGAGAGAGCUGCUCCAGUAG